AUGAACUCCUGCAGACCUCAACCAGCUCCAAGAGCUUCAAGUGACCCCUACUUCGAUUUGGGAACAUUGAGUCGCAAAGUCACUACCAGUUCCCAAGAAGCCCAAAUAUGGUUUGAUCGGGCCCUUGUCUGGACAUAUUGCUUCAAUCAUGAUGAAGCAAUCACCUGUUACAAGCAGACAAUCGCACACGACGAGGGAUGCGCCAUGGCUUACUGGGGAGUAUCUUUCUGCUCAGGUUCCAACUACAACAAAACCUGGGCUUUGUUCGACGGAGUGGAUCGAGUCAAUGCGAUGAAGCAGUGUUACCUAUAUUCCCAGGAAGCGCUGAAACGGGCGGAGAAUGCAUCGGAAUGGGAGCGGGCGAUCAUCGAGGCUCAUGCAAAUCGCUAUCCCAACGACGACCCAAACAGGGAUCUCGCCGCAUGUAGCCGAGCAUACGCCGACGCCAUGAGAAAGGUAUAUGCGAAAUUCAAUCACGAUGAUUUCGAUUUAAUCACAUUAUUCGCCGAUGCGUUGAUGAAUUGUGCACCGCGAAAGCUAUAUGAUGCGUCUACGGGACUCCCUAUAGCAUCUUCCCCAGUGUUCGAAGUGAAAGAUCUGCUUGAUCGCUCCCUGAAGUUACCGGGUGUCGAAAAGCACCCAGGUCCUGCACACAUGUACAUCCAUCUGAUGGAGAUGUCGGCGACACCCGAGGCUGCACUGCCUGCAGCAGAGAUGAUUCGCGAGAUCUUCCCUGAUACCGGUCACACCUUCCAUAUGCCCGCGCACAUCGAUGUUCUUGUGGGUGAUUAUCGUCGGGCGGUGGAAUACAAUUACAAGGCGACCAUCACAGACGACAAAUAUUUCCAACAGAACGGUGGCCUGACGUUCUACAGCUACUACCGCCUGCACGACUAUCAUUCCCUCAUCUACGCCGCAAUGCUCGGUGGCAAAUCAAAAGCGGCAUUGUCCGCGACGAAUCGAAUGGAGGCGACCAUCACAGAAGAGAUUCUUCGAGUAGAAACGCCUGCACUUGCGGACUGGAUGGAAUUCUUCAAGGCUGUCAGAGUCCACGUUCUCAUUCGAUUUGGGAUGUGGGAGGAACUCAAGAAGCUUGAUCCGCUUGAAGACAAGAGUCUCUACUGUGUCACCAAUGUUAUGCGACACUAUGGAAAAGGCGUCGCCUACGCCGCCACAGCUCAGCUUGAAGAAGCCGACAAGGAGCGAGAACUCUUCAAAGAGGCUUCGAAGAUUGUCCCUCCCACCCGCCUCGACUUCCCGAACAAAAUCACCGACAUUCUCAAAGUAGCAACUGCCAUGCUGGAUGGGGAAAUUGAAUACAGACGGGGAAAUUACGAGACUGCAUUCUCCAGUCUGCGGGAAGCAAUUGCCCUUGAAGACGCGCUGCCUUUUGCGGAGCCAUGGGGAUGGAUGCUCCCUGCCCGACAUGCAUACGCGGCUCUCUCAUUGGAGCAGGGCCAUGUUGAACAAGCUGCACAAGCUUAUGCUGAAGAUCUGGGACUCUCUCCGACACCGAAACGUGCUCAUCAACACCCAAAUAACGUGUGGGCCCUCCAUGGCUAUCACGAGUGUCUUGGAAUUUUGGGCCGGCAUGCGGAGGCAACUAUCAUCAAGCAGCAGCUUAACCUUGCACUCGUGGAGGCUGAUGUUGAUAUCACAUCUUCAUGCUUUUGUAGGCUUGGGAACAUCCCGUCGUCUACUAAUAAGGCUCAGGUGAAUGGCUGCGGUGGGGGAUCGAAGUGUAGUAAUUAG